AUGUCGCUGAAGGCUAUUGUAAAAUCUGUCCUCUCUGGUGACACUCUCGUCCUUCGUGGACGCUCAGUCACCCAAGGCCAACCUCCAAAAGAGCGUGUGUUGCACAUAGCAGACUUGAUUGCUCCGCGACUGGGAACAUCGGCCAGAGAAGACGAGCCAUGGGCAUUCGAAGCUCGCGAGUUCCUUCGCCAACUCACCGUUGGGAAAGAAAUAACCUUUUCAUCCAUUCAUUCCUUGCCUGCGAAUGACGACGUCGCUCGCGAUCUUGGAAACGGGGAAAUUGGCGGACUCGACCUCGCCUCCGAACUACUGAGAAACGGGUGGGCGAAGCUGAAGGAAAGCAAACGAGAGCCAACGGAGGAAGACAACAAGAGGAAGGAGCUCGAAAAUGAGGCGAAAGCUGCUGGAAAAGGGAUUUGGAACCCUCACGGUCCCCAGGCGCGUGUCGUCCACCACACUAUGCCAACGGACUCUCAGGCAUUCGUAACAGAGUGGAAGGGCAAACCACUUGACGCCCUUGUCGAGCAAGUCAGAGACGGGACCACUUUACGUGUCCGCCUCUUUAUGCCAGACGGAGAACACCAAAUGGCCAACAUUACGCUAGCUGGGGUGAAAAGUCCCCGAGCAUCCACGAAGCAAGGUGAAAGUUCCGAACCUUGGGGCGAAGAGGCAAAAUUCUUUACGGAAUCGCGUCUCCUUCAACGUCCUGUAAAGGUGCAGAUUCUGUCGCUGCCCAACGCAGCCGCCACACCAUUCCAAAGUUCGGCUAACACAGCAGCUCCUCCACCCGCCAGUAUUUACAUCGGAACAGUUAUGCACCCUGUCGGAAACAUCGCGGAAUUCCUUGUCGGGGCAGGUUUGGCACGAGUAGUUGACUGGCAUGCUGGCAUGCUGGCCGGCAGUGGCGGAAUGGAGCGCCUUCGCAUAGCCGAAAAGUCUGCAAAAGAAAAACGCCUCUGCCUUUAUGCAAGUGUGCCCUCCACCACCUCAGCUGCAAAAUCGAAUGGUACCACCCCCAAUGAUUCAGCUCGCUCGUUUGAUGCAACAGUAGUUCGCGUCUGGAGUGGAGACCAGAUCACGGUUGUUGAGAAAGACUCGGGCUCUGAACGGCGCCUACAACUUAGCUCUACAAGAGGACCAAAACUAUCCGAUCCUCGCCAAGCGUACUACGCUCAAGAGGCUCGUGAAUUCCUCCGCAAAAAGUUGGUUGGCAAACACGUCAAGGUGCACAUUGACUUCGUCCGACCUCGCGAAGGCGAAUUCGACGAGCGAGAAUGCGCCACAAUCCGUUCUGGUGGACACAAUGCGAACAUCGCCGAGCAACUGAUUGAGAAAGGUCUUGCAAGCGCCGUGCGACACAAACGAGAUGAUGAGGACCGCUCGCCAGAUUAUGACAAAUUGAUGGCCGCAGAACAAGCAGCAGUUGCAGAACUUCGUGGAAUUCACUCAGGCAAAGAAAUUCCAGCGCCUAAACAGCCUCUAAAUAUUUCAGAGACCAGUAGCCGUGCAACCCAAUUCCUGAAUGGUUUCAAGAGGCUAGGCAAAGUUCCUGCAAUCAUAGACUAUGUCCCCGCUGGAUCACGCUUCAAGAUAUUCCUCCCUAAAGACAACCAAACUCUUACCCUGGUACUUGCAGGCAUCCGCGCACCGAGAACAGCACGGAACGCUUCGGAAAAGAGCGAACCGUAUGGCCAAGAAGCCCUGGAAUUCGCUUCUCGUCGGUACAUGCAACGAGACGUUGAAUUCGAGGUUGACAGCCUCGAUAAAUCCGGUGGAUUUAUUGGAACACUCUGGGUGAACAAAACUGAGAAUGUUGCAAUCACCCUGGCCAAAGAAGGCCUGGCAACUGUGCAUUCAUUUUCGGCUGAUGGCCUUCCAUGGGCUCGCCAAUUGUACGAUGCAGAGGAACAGGCGAAGAAGUCGAAGCGUAAUAUCUGGAAAGACUAUGACGAAGAAACAGCCAAGGCUGCCGAAGUUGCUGAAGAGAACGAGGGUGAUUCUGGACCAUUGAAAUCAGAUUAUCACGAUGUCAUUGUCAGCGAUGUGCGAACCCAAAGCGGCUUUGGAUUCUCGGUACAAAUAUUGGACACUGAGGGCAUUGCCGCAUUGGAGAAACUCAUGCGCGAAUUCUCGAUUCAUCAUCGUACUCCUAUUCAAUCUCCACCAGGGUUUGCACCUAAGGGAGGAGAUUUGGUUUCAGCUAAGUUCUCCGAUGGAGCAUGGUAUCGUGCCAAAAUUCGCAGAUCGUCUCCUCUCAAAAAGGAGGCCGAAGUCACUUUCAUCGACUAUGGCAACCAAGACACUAUCCCAUUCUCAAAUAUUCGGCCUCUCGAUCCUAAAUUCCGCUCACUACCAGGCCAAGCACACGACGCGCGUCUGAGCUUUGUGAAACUCGCUGGUCCAGAAAGCGACUACCACCAAGAGGCCCUCGAUCGAUUUCGCUCAACUUGCGAAGGUCGCAAAUUGGUCGCAAAUAUUGACCACAAGGAAGGAUCCUUACUCCAUCUUCGCCUCAUCGAUCCCACAAACCCUGCUGUAGCGGAGGAUCCUUUGGUCUGCAUCAACGCCGACCUCGUCAGCGAAGGCCUGGCCUCGGUCGAUCGCAAAGGGUGCAAGUACCUCUCCUCGUAUCCUCACAUCGUGAAGAAGCUGCAGGCAUCGCUCGUUGAAGCCAAACGCGACCGUGCAGGCAUGUUCGAGUUUGGUGAUGUAGAGGAAGACGACUAG